AUGUUGGCCGUAAGGCAGACGUGGGCACUGGUCCAGAAGACGAUCACGAUCGUCUUCUUCCGUCAUUGGCUUGGAACUGGAAUCCGCGCAUUUCUCGCCCCUAUCAUUCUGGUCUUCAUUCUUGGAUACAGCAAGAACUUCUUUGUACCGCCAGCCACAUUUGGCGUUGGAUCGGCCACGCCAGUGCGCUCUCUUCGCGAUGCUGCAAGAUCUGGCACUGGAUCGCGGAAGAUUGUUGCCGUCGUCAACAAUGGCUUCACAAAUGGCGAUAUCGCACAAGUCAUCGAUCAAAUAUCUGGACCACUCACGGAGGGAGGACUGACGGUGCAAGUCCUUGAAGACCCGACCGCUGUUCUUAAUGUGUGUCCGAGCUCUCUACGCGGUGUGACUCCAUGUUUUGCUGCGGUUGAGUUCACUUCAUCGCCCGAGGAGGGAACGGGCGGGGAGUGGAACUACACAAUCAGAGGUGACGGGACAUUCUCCACAAGCGUCUUCGUUGACCAAACCGAUAAUCCCGCGGAGAUCUACAUUCUGCCUUUACAGCAUGCCAUCGACAGUGCCAUCGCUUCCAUUGGCGGCAAUCAGCUACCGGAUACAGAAGAGUUUCCAUACACUCUCCGAAACCAAAAGGAGCGCGAGGAGAACAUCACGAGACUUUACAUGAAUACACUCAUCGAUGUUCUCGGUCUGGCGUACUUUAUUGGUAUCGUGGGCAUCUGCUAUCAACUCACAGGCCACAUGGCACACGAGAGAGAGUUGGGCAUGUCGCAGCUGAUCGAGGCAAUGAUGCCGAACCGCCAACGAUGGAUCCCSCAAGUCGCGCGUUUGGCCUCGCUACAUAUAGCUUUCGACAUCCUCUACUUCCCGUCGUGGGUCAUCAUGGGUGCUAUAAUCGGCCAGUUGAAUUAUCCUCAUUCUAGCAUUGCCAUUCCGAUUGUGUUCUUCAUCCUCGCCGGCCUCGCACUAUCCUCCUGGUCAAUCGCAUUUGCUAGCUUGUUCAGCAAGGCCCAGCUGUCCGGCAUUACUGUCACCAUUACAUCGAUCGUGCUCGCCAUCAUCAUCCAAGUCAUUCCAGAUCCCGGCACUGGCGCAACGAUCAUCCUCGCCUUGAUCUUCCCGCCCAUGAACUUCACGCUGUACAUCAUCUACAACGCUUACUGGGAACGACUCAGCCUGCCCGCCAAUCUGAUGCAGGGGGCUCCAAGUGGCUUCAACGGUCGAGCAUCCGGACCACCCUGGCAAUUUCCAGGCUACGUCUUCUUCAUUAUCUGCGUUAUUCAAUUUCUGGUCUAUCCGAUAAUCGGUGCGUUGGUGGAGAGACUUCUAUACGGCACCGCAUCCAAGUCUCGCCAGCUGCGGUAUUCGAACGACGAAGUAGCAGAGACUGUCAAAGUUACAGAGCUGUCCAAGCACUACCCGCCUGGCUGGUUCUCGAGGACGAUCGGAUCGAGGUUUUCGAAGAACCCAGCUCAAACAGUUCGCGCGGUUGACAAUGUCAGCCUUUCCGUCUUGAAAGGACAAAUCAUGGUGCUUUUGGGUGCCAAUGGAAGUGGAAAAUCUACUUCUCUAGACUGUCUGGCUGGCAUUCAAAAACCGACGGCUGGCCAUAUCGAGAUGGACGCAACGGGCGGCAUUGGACUUUGUCCCCAAAAGAACGUCAUGUGGAAAGAGCUAACUGUCUUUGAGCAUGUGAACAUCUUCAACCGUCUCAAGGCUACUGAGCUCGACACCAAGGCGCAAGUGACUGAAAUGAUAGCCGCCUGUGAUUUGGAGCAAAAGCUGCACGCGAGGACGGCAACGCUGUCUGGUGGCCAGAAGAGGAAGUGUCAACUUGCAAUGAUGAUGACUGGAGGAAGUUCGGUCUGCUUAAUUGACGAAGUAAGCUCCGGUAUCGAUCCAUUGAGUCGGCGAAAGAUUUGGGACAUCAUACUGGCCAUGCGAGGAACGAGAUCAAUAAUCAUGACUACGCACUUUCUGGACGAGGCUGAUCUUUUGUCGGACGAUAUCACAAUUCUGUCAAAAGGAAACCUCGUUGCUCACGGAUCAUCUGUUGAGCUGAAGCAUCACCUUGGUGGAGGAUAUCGCGUUGUCAUCUAUCACACCAACAAGAAGCCUCUUCCAGCGAAUCUGGAGGCCACAUCAAAGCGAGUGUUCCACGAUCAGACCGUCUACAAUCUGGCCGACUCAGCUUCCGCAGCAGCAUUCGUCACAGAACUGGAACGUCAUGGCGUUUCGGAGUACCAGGUCAACGGGCCAACCAUCGAAGACGUCUUCCUCAAGCUGGCAGCAGAAGUCAAGGAUGAGCUAGAGAAAGACGUUGGUCCCACAUCGACGGGCUCCGCUAGUGAUGUAUCAACCGAAGGCUCGCCAGCAGAGAAAGGUCUGCAUCUCUUGCCCGGCCGUCCCUUGUCUUUCUUCGCUCAGACAUGGGUACUCUUCCGGAAGCGAGCAGUCAUCUUGCGAAGGAACAAGUGGCCAUAUCUCAUCGCUUUGUUUCUUCCCAUCGUCGCUGCCGGACUCGUAACGCUGUUCCUCGGCGGUCUCCCGCCAAUCUCCUGCGAUCCGAGAUCACAAGUGACAGAGUCGSACAAGCUGUCGAUAGAGGAACUUGCAGACAAAGUGCUCAUUCCGCAAGGUCCUCAAGUCGAUGUAGAGUUCCUCGAUACCACUUUCCCGGUGUUGGCAGAGCAAGACUUUGUGCCCGUCGGUGACUUCCCAGCAUUCAACGCGUACUUUGCUGCGAACUACUCGAGGAUCAUGCCUGGAGGUCUCUAUCAGGGUGCAGGUCAUCCGCCCGUAUUCGCUUGGCUGGGUGGAGAAGGUGAUGACGGCCUCGAGUACGCUGUCGCUGGUCAAAAUCUCUUGGACAACAGUCUGCUUCAGACGCCGAUCAACACCUACUACCAAUCAUUCGACCGACCAGGACUCCCUACAUUUGGCGACACUCUGCAAUUCAUUGUCUACUUUGGCUUGGCAAUGUCUGCUUUCCCCGGAUUCUUCGCCCUCUACACGAAUUCGGAAAGACUUAGAGACGUUCGGGCAUUACAUUACAGCAACGGAGUGCGAGCAGGUCCAUUGUGGCUGGCAUAUGUCAGCUUUGACUUCAUCAUCGUGCUGCUUGUCGCUGCUGUAUCAGUCGCCAUAUUCGCCAGUGCUUCCACGGUCUUCUACUAUCCCGGAUAUCUCUUCGUGGUCUUCUUCCUAUAUGGCCUUUCCGCUACGCUAUCGGCAUAUCYAGUGUCAUUAUUUACAACAUCGCAACUCGCGACGUUCGCCUUCGCGGCGGGCGGACAGUGCAGCAUGUUUCUCAUAUAUCUACUUGUCCAGCUUCUUCUGAUCACAUUCACCGAAGCCUCAAGUGUCGAUAGCAAUGCGAAGAUUGCCCAUUACGCCAUGGCAAUCUUCUUUCCAUCUGGWAACAUGCUGAGAGCUCUGUUUCUGUCAUUGAAUCAGUUCUCACUGCUUUGCCAAGGCGCCACGACCAUCCCUUCUUACCCCGGAGCCAUCAACGUCUACGGAAGCUGCAUUCUCUACCUCAUCAUCCAGUCUGCGCUCCAGCUCAUGGCGCUGAUUGCCUUUGACAGCGGCUGGAAGCCAUCUUUUCUCGCUCGAUCUGGCCACCGCUCUGCAGACGAGGAGGAAACUGAUGAUGUCGACACCGAAGUCUUCACCGAAGGCGCACGCGUUGAUCAAUGUAAAGAUCAACUUCGCGUCAAGCAUGUGACAAAAGCUUUUGGCAGUUUCGUUGCUGUACAGAAUGUUUCUUUUGGGGUUCCUCAUGGGGAGACCUUUGCUCUCCUUGGUCCGAAUGGCGCCGGAAAGAGUACAACUAUCAACCUGAUCCGUGGCGACAUGAAGCCGAGCGAGAAGAAUAGCGACAUUCUCAUCGAGGACAUAUCUGUCGUUGACCGCAGGGCAGCGGCCCGGGUGAAUUUGGGUGUUUGCCCGCAGUUUGAUGCCAUGGACCAGAUGACCGCUAUAGAGCAUUUGCAAUUCUAUGCUCGAGCGCGCGGAGUGGCAGACGUUGAUUACAAUGUCGAAAAAGUCAUCCACGCUGUCGGCCUCGAACCAUUCAAGACUCGUAUGGCCGCGAAACUGUCCGGCGGAAACAAACGCAAGCUGUCAUUAGGCAUCGCUCUAAUGGGCAAUCCAUCCGUCUUGAUACUUGACGAACCAAGUAGUGGUAUGGAUGCUGCCUCUAAAAGAGUGAUGUGGCGGACACUCAAAGCUGUGUCCGCUGGCAGGUCGCUGGUCAUUACCACACACAGUAUGGAGGAGGCCGAUGCCCUUGCAGAUCGUGCAGGAAUCAUGGCGAGACGGAUGCUGGCAGUGGGGACCGCAGACGAACUCAGGAAGAAGCACGGCGACGCUUAUCACGUCCACGUUGUGCAUAAGAAUGCUCCAUACAGCACCGAAGCUGAGAUGGGCGCCAUCAAAGCAUUCGUUCUGCGAACCUUCCCUGGUGCUACGACAGAAGACCGAGUCUUCCACGGACAGAUGAGGUUCAGCGUACCCAACGACCGCAGCGCUCCUCAUGACGAGAAUGUUAUGGACKAGAAGGGUGCUCUGUCAAAGACUUCGCAAGGCGGCAUCAGUUCGUUGUUUGCCAUACUUGAAGCAUCAAAGGAGGAGCUUGGGUUCGAGUACUACUCCGUUUCUCAGGCUACGCUCGACCAGGUCUUCUUGAACAUUGUCAACCGUCACAAUGUACUGGAGGAGAAUUACGCCCGGACACAUGCGCAGCAGCUUGGUGUCUGGGGGAAGUUUAAGAGGGCCACAGCGACAGCAUACCACAACGCAUAG